CGCAUUCCUGCCGCGACUGUAGCUUUUGCUUGCUUUAUCGCCGGUUGUGUUAUAUAAAAGAUCGCAAGAGUCGCAAUGUUUGGCAUCAUCAAGCUCCUUUCAUCAGUUGUGUCGUUUGGGUAUCCGGUGUAUGCCUCAUACAAAUCCCUGCGCGCCCGGAACCAGGCCGCGGUUGAGUCGUGGGCUAUCUACUGGGUCGUCAUGAGCGUCGUGACAACCACCGAGACCUGGUUUGGGUUCAUGUUUACAUGGCUACCGCUCUAUCAGUUUGCGAGACUUGGCUUUACUGUAUGGCUAGUUCUCCCUGGAUCCAACGGCUCAAACUACAUCUACUACGAAUACAUCGAACCGACGCUGUCAGCCCACGAGCAAGAGAUCGAGACCUUUGCCCGCAGCACCAAGGACAAGUUCACAUCCCGCGGCUUACAAGCUUUCAAGGCAGGCGUGCAGCGUAUUGAGCAACUUGUUCUGGCUCUGCUGACUGGCUCGACGAAGGUCGUUGCUGACGAUGCUGGGGCCGGUACUGGUGCUGGUGCUGGUACUAUUGCUGGAGCUGCAGCAGAUCGUGAUGCUGCAGAUUCUGACGAGAAAGAGGUAUGUUUCUGUUUUACUGAUUGGCAGUCGAUGAGUCUAGUCUUGGAUCCAGCCGGUUAUAUCUCAUACAGCUCAGAGUGAUAAAGCUCAAGAGUGUAUGAUUUAUAACCACACAAUCUACAACUGUCCACGCACUCCAAAGACUGCAGACUGUACUUGUAUACAGUAUACUCUUCAUGUUUAUACUUGAUACGUCUACAGUCAAUGUAUAUGCUUACUGUAUAUACUUAUUGUGUAUACACUGCACAUUCUUACUGCAGUCGGUGAGACCGCGUGAUGGUGUACAACUGGCUAAAUCCGGACUAGCGCGAUGGCUGACUAAACUCAAUUCAAUUCGCGCGACUAACAUUCCCUCAGAUCCAGGACAUUUCCUCAGCAAAGUCGGUCUACGGCAGAUUGUGGAGCACCAGCUACGCGAUCUACAAUGCUGCUGCAAAGGCGA